AUGAUGUACCUGAAGGAGAUGUAUGUCAUCGACUUCGAUGUGGAAGACAAGAAGCAGUACGCUGCAAGCUAUCGUGCGGUGCAGAGGUUCUUGAAGGCGCAAGGGUACAAACGUGGCAGCCGCAAGGGAACGUCGACGUACCACCUCUCCACGGCCAAUGCCCUUGCGCGGGACACGUAUGUCAAACUGAUGCAUCCACACUCGACUGCUCCAACUCGGCCGAAUGUCGUGUAUACCGACGAAUCAUAUAUUCACCAUCACUACAAGUCCCACCAUCAAGACCUCUUUGACCCGUCCGAUGACCACGACGUUCAGAGCAAGGAGAAGCACAAGGGUCGUCGUUACUGCUUCGUUGCCGGGAUACUCGACUCCCCCACAUUGGUCAGCAAGGUCAUGGCGCUCGAUAUUUUUACCGGUGGAAAGUCGCGUGCAAAGGAGCCUCAAGACUACCACGGCAUGUUUGACCACGCAUACUACGUCAAGUGGUUCGGUCGCCUUCUGGACGAAAUGGACGCAAGUGGGGUUACCAACGCUCUUAUCAUUCUCGACAACGCGAAGUACCACAAGUGCCUGCCCGAAUCAACACCAACGAGUGGACGUCGCAAAAGUGUCUUGUUGGACGCAUGUCGACUGUAUGGGAUUUCGACCACGGGCAAUGAGUUCAAGAGUGAGCUGUGGGAUAUGCUGGCAUCUCACAUCAAAGCAAACGUUCGGCCCGUCAUCGUGGAAAUGGCCAAGAACCGUGGGCAUUGCGUUGUUUACACUCCUCCUCAUCAUUCGGAUUUGCAGCCGAUUGAAAUUGUGUGGGCUAUUGUGAAGGGUGAGGUAGGUCGGCAAUACACGGACAUGACCAAGUUCGCCGAUGUUAAAGUUCGCCUCGAAGCUGCAUUUGCCAACUUGAAACCCGACUCCAUCAAAGGGUGUGUGCGUGCUGCACAAGAGAAGUUGAAGAUGUUGCACGAGCAUCUUGUGCAAAUCGAUGCACUCGCAUAUGAUGAAGAGUCAUCAGAUGACAGCGACAAUUCAAGUGACGAUGGUGGCGACUCUGAAUAG